GAUAAUUUUCAAAAUAUGAGAGAAAAAUAUGAAACCAACGGUGAAACUUUGAAAGCUAUUGCUGAAAUGUGGAAAACUAGUUCAGAAAAUCCAAAAAAUGGAUCGGGUUUUAUUGAAAAUAUAAAUUAA